AUGGCGAAAGAUGGGGAGAGUGGGCCUUCCAUGCCGCCAUCGGCAAUCAUCUUGCUAUGUUUGCUGGGCGCCGGGGCUCUUCUGCUAUGUUGCUGGGCGUUGUUUCGCCACUUCUUCCACGAGCCUGAGGAGAGGUCAAUGGAAAUCAGCCAAAUCAAUCCAGAGGACGGGCUGACACAAGCGCAAUACAUGCGCGUUGUCCGAUUGAGGAACCAGGAAUUUCUGCAGGCCAAAUAUGGUUACCAGAAUCGCUACCCGUCGUCGCAGUACAUGUCGAAGACCAUGAUGACAAAUACGUCCUCUGUUAUGUCUGUCUGA